AUGGGUGCAGAUCUGUCCAAGAACUUGGCACUGCCACACCAUCCUCAUCAUUCGCUGCAGCUUGCCACCAAGAUCCAGCCCUUACCUGCAGCCUCGCCGUCUCCGUCCGCCGCGGAUGAGUGCCAAAGCCUUCAUCCGCGAGGCGAGCAGGUGUACACGGUGUGGAUGAAGUCGCUGGUGUUCAGCGGCAACGGCUGCACGGUGUACGGUGCCGACGGCCGCGUCGCCUUCCGCGUCGACAACUACGGCUGCCGGGGCGGCCGCGAGGUCUUCUUCAUGGACCGCGACGGCAAGACGCUCAUCAGGAUCCAGAGAAAGGGCUUCAGGGUGUUCAAGAGAUGGGAGGCCCGCCGGUACUUCGACGACGGCGAGGAGGCGAGGCCGUGGUUUACCCUGCACAAGGCUAGAAAAGGCGCCGCCGCCGUGACGAUGCACGGCGGCGGCGGGAGGACGUACGCCGUCGAAGGGUGCUCGCGCAAGUCCGACUACAAGAUCAAAGGCGCCGGCGGCGCCGGCGUGGCCGCGAUCGCGCGGAAGCAGACGGCGUCCGGGAUCGUGCUCGGAGAGGAUGUCCUGACACUGACGGUGGGGUCGGAAGUGGAUCAUCUGCUCGUCUUGGGGAUGGUCGUCGUCUGCGGCCUCAUGAACCGCUGCAUGUGACGGCCGAUCGAAGAGGACGGCCGAGAGGAUUCUCCAAGAGUGUGCAUCACAUGAACGAAUAUGUUCUCUUUUCAUGCGUUUUUUUUCUGCUAGGCUGAUUCUUAGGAGGACACAUGCAUAGUGAGAGUUUGCUUCAUAUAGGUAAUAGCUGGUCAUUUUUCCCCACCAAUUUGAGGACACAUUUCCCUUUUUGGUGGGUGUUUUUUUUCCCGGAUCCUACGGAUGUACAAUUGUAAGGCUAUAAUCUAUGAAGCAGGCUUGUUUUUGUUA